AUGGGAUAUCCAAAAGACACUUUAAUAUUGGAUAUAAACACAGGUUAUCGGCAAUUGAAGGAAGUUGAUAUGGAGCAUGGGGCCUUGAAAGACUUCUUUCGAUUUGGAAAUAAAAGCACCGGUGAGAACUUUGAAGGAUUUCCGAACAUAGAUCAUACACAAAAUCAUGUGAGGAGAGAUAUAAUUGGAUGGUUGACAUGGCUGAGAAAUACCAUUGGAUUCCAGGAUUUCCGAUUUGAUUUUGCAAAAGGUUAUGAUGCAAAGUAUGUAAAAGAGUAUGUUGAAGAGUCGAAGCCUCUUUUUUCAAUAGGCGAAUAUUGGGUUGACUGCAGUUAUAGUUCUGGCUUGGACCACAAUCAAGAUAGCCAUAGGCAGGGGAUUAUCAACUGGAUCAAUGGCACAGGAGGUCUUUGUGCUGCUUUUGAUUUCACAACCAAGAGUGUACUUCAGGAAGCAAUUAAAGGUCAGUUUUGGCGUUUGCGUGACUCUGAUGGAAAGCCACCUGGUGUGAUGGGGUGGUGGCCUUCGAGAGCAGUUACCUUUAUUGAGAACCAUGACACUGGUUCGACACAGAAAGUCGGCACACUCGAAGACCACCUCACCUCUUAUCCAGACGACAUCAAGGCGCUUCGAUCACUACUUGAGCUUAAAGUGAAGACUAAUCUACUCCCCGACGCUAUCGCCAUCAUCGACUGCCUUAUUGCUCUGGAACCUGAAGACAAGGACCUUCCCCUCCUCGGUCUCUACUCUCUUCUCCUCUAA